AUGGAUUCAACAUGGAUUCCACAGUUUAAGCUUUCAACUUUGGCAUUAGGCUCUUGCAAUUUAGAUAGAAUUCCAUCGUUUCUUGUGACCCAAUAUGACUUGGAAUAUCUGGACCUAUCUGCUAAUAGUAUCCAAAGAAAUAUUCCAUCUUCGAUAUGGAACUUAACCAGCCUUUGUAGUUUGAACCUUAGCUGUAAUCAAUUAACUGGGUCAUUGCCAUCUAGACUAACAUUACCCAAGUAUUUUGACUCUCUAGAUUUGCACAGUAAUAGCAUAGAAGGUGCUCUUCUUCUUCCUAAUGCUGGUGCUUAUCUGCUGGAUCUGUCGAUGAAUCAGUUCAAUGGUUCUAUUCCUACUGACAUUGGUGCGUAUCUUCAAAAUACAAGGUUCUUAUCCUUGUCGCGGAAUAAUCUCAGAGGGGCGAUUCCAGAUUCUAUUUGCACUUCAUAUUUGGAGGUUCUUGACCUUUCAAAUAAUACGCUGAGCAGUGUCAUUCCUCCUCAUUUAACCAGGAAUUGUUCUUCUCUUAGUGUUCUAGAUUUGGCGGAAAAUCAUCUGGAAGGUAAAAUGCAAGCAGAAUGGGGCAACAUUACAAAGAUUCAUACAUUGAAGCUCAAUGGUAAUCAUUUGAGAGGAGUUAUUCCCUCGUCCAUUUCAGAAGCCCGAUCUGUGCAAGUAUUGGAUUUGGGAAAUAAUGAAUUGGAAGACACCCUUCCCCACUGGAUUGGAAAGCUAUCACAACUGCAUGUGUUGGUCUUAAGGUCUAAUCAUUUCCAUGGUAGCUUCCCACGCCAGGUAAUUGGCCUUCCAAAUCUUCAAAUUUUGGACCUUUCUGGCAACAACCUUUCAGGACCCAUUCCAAGAAACCUUACAAACUUGCUCGCAAUGGUCAAUGCAUCGCAGAGUAAUCCAAACCAUUUGGAAGACGUUAGAUAUACAAAUAAAAUUAAAAUUUCCUGGAAAGGCUGGGAUGUUGAAUUUGUGAAAGUUCUUUUCAUUCUUAAAUGUAUUGAUCUCUCAAACAACAACUUAUCAGGGAGCAUUCCUUCUAAAAUGGGAUCUCUUCAAGGCUUGAUAGCCCUUAACCUUUCAAGGAAUCAUCUCAGUGGCCGAAUCCCAAAAACAUUGGGAUACAUGGAUCAACUAGAGUCUCUGGACCUCUCGCUAAACAGUUUGAAUGGCAACAUCCCCUUAGAACUUGAGUUCCUGAGUUAUUUGGAGUUCUUGAAUAUAUCUUACAACAUACUUGAUGGAAAAGUACCCCACGGAGGACAGUUUCUAACUUUUGGAGAGUCAUCCUACUUAGGCAAUUCUAAGCUAAGUGGGAUUCCAUUUACCAAUAUAACCGUCUGCAACAACUCUUCUGGCUAUGGCAACUGCACAAGUAUUGAGAAAAUUGGUGAAGCAAAGAAUUCAGAUGGUGAAAUGAUAGGAUAG